AUGGCAGACCUCGUCCUGCGAAAAUGCGGUAUCUGCCAUGAAGAUUCUAUCCCCCUUGACCAAGUCCUUUUCUUUCAAUGCGGACACUGGUUGUGUAGAGUAUGUACUGAGCACGUCGACUUUCGGAAGAAAUCCGUGUGCCAGGAAUGUAAACAAUCAAUCGGCAUACCCCACCGCAUUUAUCUUCACCUAGACGAUCUUAUCGAGCAGCAAGCCAGCGAAGUCGUCGCAGGAUUGCGGAAGAUAAAUAUGGAUACACCUGCAGCUAGCGUCGAAAGAGCGGCGGGGAAAAUACGACGUAUGCACAAACAAAGCGAUGGCGACCCAGAAACCUCGAAGGCACUGCUCGAUGCCACGAAGGAGUUGGAGGAAAGAAUUGCACCACUGUAUAGCAAGUGGGCAGCGGUCAAGCGAGAGAACGACGACCUCGUCACGCGAUUGCAGGCUCUAGAAGCUGCAAACCAGCACUAUCAAGAGACGAGUAAGAAGGCAAGGCAGAUUGCCCGGCACGAGAGGGAGGAGAGUGAAAGGCUGGGUAAGCGAGCUGAAGGUUACCGUUUGAUGUUGAGAGAGAAAGAUACGGAGAUCAUGGACCUCCAAAAAGAAUUGGAAGAGCGGGAGAAGAAGAUGGGUCUGUUGAACACCAAACUCAAGGCUUUGACGAAGACGGGGAGGCACCAACGUCCUCCAAUUCACAACAGCCCCGACACGUCCCUGCGGAUUGAGGGUCUUCGAACACCGGGUCUGCCGACCAAGAAACUGAAGCAUCCGAGAUCAAAGACCCUGCUUCACGACCUCAAUGUAGAUCCUGACGAACAACCGAAGAAGAAACGGAAAGGUGACCCUCUGAACUAUUUGAACAUCAGAGAUCCUGUUCCAUUAGGGACAUGA